UCCGAUUUCAUUUCAGAUCUCCAGACGUUAUCCCAGCCCGAUCUGCUGAAUAUGUUUGGAUAGAUCGAUGUCAGUUGGGCAUCGUGAGGCCACUCACUUGCCAGGCUCUAAUCUACCUGGCCAGCACCCGACCGCUCCCGGGUGGUGUCAAAGGGCUGAGUGGAUCACAGGAAGACCUUGCUGCUCAGCUCCCGACCCGCUGCCAGAAUGAGGACUUCGGGAAACCUGGAAGUGACUGAAUGGAAGAAACUGUGUGUCAAAGGGAUCGGUACAAUAAAGAGAUUGAAACGGAAAAACCGUGAUGUCCUGAGGCACGGCGAGAUGGAGAAAGUUUACCGGGCUGAGCCGGACCCUUUGAUCGCCCGGCUGGCUGACAGCAACGGCCGCUGCAAUGGGACGGUCCGGGGCAACGGCGCCACCGCCACUUGCAAAGACUCGCGGGCUGAUGUUGUGGAUUUGCGCAGGAUUGCGGCCGUGGCGAGCGCGCCGGCUGGAGGAGGAGGAGGAGGUGGGGGAAGGGGAGGGGAGGAUGAGGCUCCCAGCCCUCCGUCUCCUGCCCCAGGUCGGGGCAAACCGGCUCGGGCACCCCCGUCCCAAGUGUGCGCCUUCGAAUCGCAGGCGUUCCCGGAGCCGCCGAGUCUCCAGCCCCGGAUUGUGCUCUGCCAGCGAUCUCCCGGAGGCUCCUACACAUCGAUCCCGCACGCAAACUACAAUCCAUCACCCAGGAAACGGCCGGGGGAGACUUCCAACGCCUCCACCGAGAUCAAAGCCAUUCAGCAGACUCGGAGGCUGUUGGCGAACGCCAGAGAGAGGACCAGGGUCCACACCAUCAGCGCAGCUUUCGAAGCCCUUAGGAAACAGGUUCCUUGCUAUUCCUAUGGACAGAAGCUGUCGAAGCUGGCGAUCCUAAGGAUAGCGUGUAAUUACAUCCUGUCCCUGGCCAGGCUGGCUGACCUCGACUACAGCUCGGAUCACAGCAACAUGAGCUUCUCCGAGUGUGUGGAGCAAUGCACCAAGACAUUGCAGGCGGAGGGAAGAUCAAAAAAGAGGAAGGAAUGAUCCAGUGGAGGAGCGACAUUUCACAGGAACAUCACACAAUGCGCUGAUGUCUAGCCAACACUGGCAGGGAGGCAGAAAAUGAAGAGCAGAUAUAGAAUUACAGGAGACAUUAUGCAGAAGAGAUAUCAAACCGAAAAAGAAAUGAUGCUGCCUGUUUAAGAUAAUAAGUUCUUUUUCUUGGUAACACAAUAUCAGAGUACAGGAACAGUGAAUUUCUGGACAUAAUCUUUUCAGCACUUUCCCGUUUUGUUGUGUUCGAGGAUGACAUUUGUUUGAGCCCUCCUUUACCCUAAGAACACCAAUUACAGGAUAAUGAGGAAUACACAAUUUUACAUAGAUAACUUGCUUUCUUAAACUUAGGAGAAUUAAAAGCAGACUCUGAGACUGAAUUAACCAUAAGCACAUACUGGCCCAAUGGGUACAAUGUAAUGCAUUGUGUAAUUAUGGCUGUAACAAGAAUUUAUAAAGCUGUAGAGGAGGUCGUAACGAUUAUCUGUGUCCCGGGAUUAAUUGCAUGUUUUUGAUAUUGUAAAUCUGAGUAACUUGCUGGAAAAGGGUCUGUUAAAUUUGACAAGUUAAACUAAUGCUGGUGCCACCAGUGCUAGGCAUUUCCAAAUGCCAAUUCUUUUGGCAAGCUGGUUAAAAUAACGAUGACCCCGCAUGUGAUCUUCUGUGUAUUUUCCAGCUUGUGUCCUGGCCGGAUUUCCUGCUGAUAGUAAGUUGCAGCAGGGCCUCUGUCUGUCUCCUUAGAAACAAGUGGUCGGACAAUCAGGAAGCCUACUGAUGUUACGUGCACUUUAUGAUCUCUGUAAUCACACUGCCCUCUAUUAUUGCGGGGUCAUAUUAAUCACUAGUAUUAAUGUAUAAAUGUUUAUAAAAGUUUAUGAGACUCUG